AGUGUGGUGGAGUGGAUGUUUUCUCCGUGUGUUGGCGCGGUGGAUGUGAAACUCUAAGUGCUAUUCUCUCGUCCUUCUGUGGGACUGUGGUCCUAGGGAUAACAGUUUCACGUUUGCUAGAAUAUUCCACCGUGUGUGCCGUGGUUUUAUCACUUGUGGAAACAAACAGCUCACUAACACUUAGGACCAAGGAUGGUGCAACUCUAGAGCAGCAGACGGAGCCGUGUUACUGCCCCUAAUGGGGGAGAUUGUUAUCUCAUCCUAGUCGUGUUCUGGAGGGUUCCAAACAAUGGGGGAUAACUCAGUGCGUCACUCGCGGCCUCACGGCUGCCUACGUCAUCAGCAGACCUGCAGUCCACACAAGCUGACGUCACCACGACGGACAAUCAUGAUUGCCAUGGACGGAAGUGGACACUCGUUUUACGCCUUCGAUUGGUACAUGAACCAGAUGCACACGCCGGACACUGACGUCAUCGUGGCUCACAGCAGCUGCCAGCACAGCAAACCGUUGUCUCACGUGCAGAGCUUGAUGCCAGCUGUGACUCCUGACUCUUCGGCCAUGACUCGCAUCGUCCAGCGAGAAGAAGAGGAGGUGAACGUCAUAGUGGCUCAGAUCAAAGGGAAGCUGACGCAGGCUGGGGUCAGGGGCAAGCUGCUGCGGCUGACGGGGGAGCCGGGCCCCGCCAUCGUCCAGGCCGCCCUGGAGCACAAGGUCCAGUGUAUCGUGACCGGUUCCAGAGGUCUCGGCACCGUUCGCAGAACUCUUGUCGGCUCGGUCUCUGACUACAUCCUGCACCACUCGCAUUGUCCGGUCCUCGUCUGUAGACACAAGGACACGUGAUCACAGGACACAAGGUCACGUGAUCAUGAGACACAAGGUCACAUGACACAAGGUCACGUGAUCACAGGACACAAGAUCACGUGAUCACAGGACAUAAAGUCACGUGAUCACGAGACACAAGGUCACGUGACCAUAGGACACAGGGUCACGUGAUCACAGGACACUGGGACAUAAUCACAGAUGACACUAUACACCUUGACACCGCACACACAAUGCUAGACACCGGGAAGAUGGCCACGCCCACCAGAUAACACGCAUGCGCAACACACCGGUCUAAAACUUGGAGAUGUCAUUCAAUGUACGGCUGAUGUUUGUGUGAAAAACUUUUGAUUACAAGAAUGUGAUUUUUUUCUGUGAUAAAAGGACGGUAACUAAGGGAUGUGUGCUGUCAACUUUUCUCAUUUGUUUAGGGAUAUAAAUCUGUUUGGCUGAGUUUA